UUGAAUUACAAGUAUACACAAAUUUAUACAAAAUGCAGCAGCCCAAGAUAAUGCGCUUCUAUCUCAAAGAUGAGGUGGCGCUGCACAAUAAAAAGGACGAUAUGUGGGUAGCGAUACACGAGAACGUACUCGAUUUGACGCCUCUGAUAAGGGAUCGUUUGGAUCACUGGAAUCGCAAUAUGGACUAUCUUGUGGCGCAUGCGGGCAAAGAUCUGUCACAUUUCUUCCACGAAAAUGGCGAACCACGCACCGAAGUCUCCCCAGUGACCGGGCGUCCUCGAGUCCUAUUCCCACCUAUCUUGGAAGUGGCUGUCGGUGAAUUCGCCAAGACUAAGGACGCCAUGUGGAGUCAGGAUCCCUUCUAUCACAUCGGGCGCACUACACGGCGACCACGUCACAUUCGCAUUAUAAACACCCUGACAGCCAAGAUCCAAUACAUGACGGUCUGCAACGAGGAGUCCAUCUACGAUAUACAACAGAAGUACAAGACACGAUACAAUCACCAUGCAGGCAGCUAUGAAUGGCGCAAGUUCUCCAAUGGCGGCAAAGGCUGCGGCAUUCUCAAUUUGAAUGGCACACUGGACGAGAAUGGCUUGACCGAUGACGAGGACAGUGGUCUGGAGCUGCCUCCACCUUCCAUUUGGCUGUACUACACGGAUGAUAUCACAAUAGCUUGAAAUUAACGUGCCUUGCUGUUCAGUUUAUUUUGAGUUUUCAAAUUUGUUGUGUAUAUGAAUGAAUGGGCAUGGAAUAAAAGCAAUGUAGUAUGUUCAUAUAUUUUAA